GUCGUCUUCCUAAACCUAAAAGUUUAGCAUUUUAACUUCUUCUGGUUCAUCUAAUUUGUUUCACCUCCGUCUGAAAAUGCCGAAGAGAAGAAGGUAUUACGGACGUAAAAAAACCCCGAAACAACAAAGAAAUUCGGUGGACAGAAUUUCCAAUUUGCCAAUUGAAAUCAUACGUGAAAUUCACUUUCGCCUUCCACGGAUCGAUGCAGUGAAAACUAGUAUUUUGUCCAAAAAAUGGCAAAGCAUUUGGGCAUCUCAUCCUAGAAUUUUUUUGGACGAAAUUGAUUUUGGUGCCGACUAUUCACGAUACAGUGUUACAGAUAAACCUAAAAGAGAGGCCUUCUUAACUUACUUGAUCAAGUCCUUAGAAAUCCGUCAGAAGCCCUCUGAAUACAAUUGUGAUGUCGACAAACUCUGUCUUCGAAUGACAGUCGAAAAUUCUCCUGCUGAACUGCUCGUAAACAAGUGGAUUUCUUUUGCCUUGGAAAAUAGCAUUAAAAGGUUAUGUCUCAGUUUAAAAACGAUUAAUCGUGAUCAUUACUAUCUGUGUGGUUUUGCAUUUUGCGCUCAUACAUUAGUUCAUUUAAUUAUAUCGGAUUGUGAGAUCACAAAUUGUUCCUUUAAGCUUCCUGCUCUUAAGUUACUCUUUCUAUUUGUUGUUUGCAUUGAGGAUGAUGAUUUUAAGGAUCUCAUAGCUGGAUGCCCACUGAUUGAACAGUUACGCAUUCAGGACACUAAAAAGUUGCGUACUAUUGUAGUUUCAAAUCCUAAUCUGGAAUUUUUCGGAGUGCAUCUUCUUUGUUCUGAUGGUAAAAUACGUGUAGAGUCCCCAAAUCUUCAUUCGCUUGAAUUUAUUUCAUUCAGCAUAGACAUGUGUGAAGUAGAGAUUGCGUCCAUGACAACAGUACGAGAGUUGACGUUGCGAGAUGCUUAUGACCCAGAAACAUUGAUACAUUUUAUAGAAAAGUUCCCUCUACUUGAGAAACUUAUCAUAGAUGGUUACAGUGACUUAUGUGAAGUUGAGAUUACUUCCAAACCAACAGUGCGGAGUUUGACAUUGUGUAAUAUUAAUGAUGAAGAUUUGACAUUGUUUGAUUGGGAUGGCGAUGAUUUAAAAAUGACAUGGAUGAAUUUUAUAGACAAUUUCCCUCUACUUGAGAAACUCAUCAUAGAUACUUGCAGUAGGUUGCAAAAACUUCAUAUUUCACAACCGAAUUUGGUUAGCUUGGUGCUGAAGGAUAGCAUUGUGAAAUGGGAGGCAAGAAUAAAUUCGCCCAAGUUGAAAUCAUUUGAGUAUAAGGGUGGCCUCACAGAUUUUACAGGCAUAGAAGAUUUACAAGAAUUGGAAUUCGUUCUGUUAUAUUUAGAUCCCCUUAAGCUUCGUGAUUACUACUACAGUUGGUUUAGAGAUAUGUUGGAGUCGUGUGCUCGCUCCAAGCAUUUGAGUUUGAUCUGCGAUAUUGAAGAGGUUGUCCUCAUUCCUGUUGAGGUAACUGAUAUAUUACCAGUAAAUGAUAUCACUAAUCUGGAGUUAGAAAUUAUUUCACGUCAUGGUACUUUUGAAGAGGUUAUAGAUGAUUUCACUUGGAUUCUUCCAGAUUUGAAGACUUUGUCAUUAACUUUGGGUUCCACCACAAAGUUCUUCCAGUUUCGUAGAGAGGAGGAUGGUGAGCUCUCAGCAGAAGAAGUGCACAAACCAAAACCUGAUAAGAGAGUAUCCAUUCUUAGAAAUAACAAGUUGUUCCAUAUUAUCGGCAACGAGAUUGGAGGAUGAUUUUGUUCUGUUUCUUUUUGUGCAACUAACUACUUCUUUUUGGAUGAUCCUCUUUUGAAAAAAACUGAUCAAGUUACUGUUUCUGUACAUUUGGGAGAAAAUGGUCCUUUUCAGUUGAUGGUUUAAAGUAUGUUCCAAGUCAAACGGUUGCAUAUAUACUUAUAAGUUGGAUAUUAUAUACCUUUUGAUGGGAUAAAGUUACUCUCUCCAUUCCUAUU